AUUUGACAACGUAUGUCUUUUUAUAUAAAUUAUUGAUAAAUUUACAAUAAACUGAUAAUAACAGCUUGCGCACGCGUUGCGUGCAGGGAAUUUACUAGUUACAAAAUGGUCAUCUAUUGUAUAUUAAGGGAGACAACUAUUCUGUUUUAAAGUGUGAAUGAAACAAACGAUCAUACAACAAAUUGAAGAGCCUGUAGCUAGCAGAACAGCUUGUACGGAACACCACUCUCCAUCCCAAUGGUAUUCAGUUUACCGGGUACUCCAAGAAUAAGGCUGUCCUUGUUGUAGGACAAUUACGUCAAAAUUCAGAGAAAAAACCUUCUACAUCUAUUCAAUGCGGUGUUUUGAUUCUCUAUAUAAAGAAAAGCUUUCAAUGAUUCUCUGCAUCUCCAGCAAACCAAUUCUACGAUACCUCAAUUACUGAAUCUACUCUUCUACAAACCAUCAACAAUUUGAAGAUGGCUUCGGCUCUUCCCAGGGAAUGUAUCAUAGCAUUCUUCCUUGUACUAGCUAUGUGCAUCCCAAAUGUAAUGUCUCGUGAGCUACAUGAGGCAUCCUUGUCCCAGAGGCAUGAGCAAUGGAUGGAGAAAUAUGGUCGAGCCUACAAGAACGAUGCAGAGAAGGAACUGCGAUUCAACAUUUUCAAAAGCAAUGUGGAGUUCAUAGAAUCAUUUAAUGCUGCAGGGAACCGACCUUACAAGCUAAGCAUCAAUGAAUUUGCAGAUCAGACCAACGAAGAGUUUAGGGCUUACAGGAAUGGAUACAGGAGGGUCCAAAGACUGACAUUAAGAAAGGAGACAUUAUUCCCGUAUGAGAAUGUGACGGCUCUGCCUGCUAGCGUGGACUGGAGGAAAAAAGGAGCUGUUACACCCAUCAAGGACCAAGCCCAAUGUGGUAGCUGCUGGGCAUUUUCAGCUGUGGCAGCGACUGAAGGAAUUCACCAACUAACUACAGGAAAAUUAAUUUCCCUGUCUGAGCAAGAGCUGGUAGAUUGUGACACCCAGGGUGAGGAUCAAGGCUGUGCAGGUGGUGAAAUGGAAGAUGCAUUCGAAUUCAUAAUUCGUAACCAUGGCAUUGCAUCUGAAGUCACUUACCCCUAUAAGGGUGAUGAUGGGACUUGCAACAAAACAAAGGAGGCCAGCCAUGCAGCUACAAUAACUGGCUAUGAGAUUGUUCCUGCAAAUAGCGAAAAGGCAUUAAUGAAAGCUGUUGCGAACCAACCAGUAUCAGUGUCCAUUGAUGCUGGAGGUUAUGCCUUUCAAUUCUACUCAAGUGGAAUUUUCACUGGGGAUUGCGGAACUGAACUUGACCAUGGUGUUACGGCUGUUGGUUAUGGUACCUCCGAAGAAGGUACUAUGUAUUGGCUUGUCAAGAACUCAUGGGGCACAGGAUGGGGUGAAGAAGGAUACAUAAGGAUGCAGCGAGACAUCAAAGCCAAAGAAGGUCUCUGUGGCAUAGCCAUGGACUCCUCCUAUCCAACAGCCUAA